AUGCAAGAUUCUGACAUCGCCGAGGGGCACAGGCGCCACCACGGAGGCUCUGCCGCGCUGCACCCCCCGACACCGCCGGCGCGACACCGACAAGCGGACGUGCGCCUACACAGAGAUAAUAUGGCGGGUGCUAGACUGUAUUGCCAUAGGGGAAGAUACUGUCAACAUUGUUCGUGUCCUCGCGAAUCACGUGUCUACCGAAGACAAGCCGAACUCAUCAGACAUAGACAGGACCUGUCUCGCACAUUUUGGCCCGCGAACGCCGAUACCGACCGAACGUUGGAAGCUAUGAGAAGAUAUGAAGUGAUACUGCGCUCCAUGGCGACACUCGACUCCACGUCGGCACACCCCACAUAA